AUGAGUGUUCAAUCGAAACUAGACUUAUUCUUUAAUGUAAAACCAUCAACUUCAGAAGUCUGCAGCCCCAAAACGUCCGUAAAACGACCAAAACGGCGGAAAAUCGACGAUAAUCAGUAUGUUUUGGAUGUUGGACAAAAGCGAAUUGGGCUGCAACAUUGUUUGGAGGUAGGUGUAUGUUUUAUUUUGUUUUUAUUGAGUUGUAGAAAUUUUGAUAUGCUUUUCAAUGAUUUUUCACAGCCUUAGGUACUUUAGUUUACUUUGUUUCAGUGUGACAUGGCUUAUAACAUUGAUGACAUAGAAGAUAGGAAAGCUCACGAUCUUCGACACAAUAAAAUGGAUAAAUUGAAGGUUUUGAAAAUAUCUAACGUACAAUUCACUGCUUGGAAACAGUAAGUUUUUUACUUUUUGAUUUUUUUCAAAAAGUUGAUUGACAUCUUAUCGAAACAUUGAUAAUAUUAGUUACUUUAAUUUUGUUUUUUAGGGCUGUAAAGUGUAAAAAAGUUUCUGAUGAUACUACUAUAACAUUGUUUAUGUUUACAAAGGAUUGUAAAAGCUCAAUUAUUAAGAAAACUGAAGAAAUUAUAAACGUAAGCGUUUUUAAAUCUACUGUAACAUAUUUUUUGCAGUAACUUUUGUUUUCUAUUAUAAUAUAGUUUUAAAACACACUGUCUGAAAGUUAAAAUACUACUUUUUAGGACAUUGUCAACCCCAACUUAGGCUUGUGCCCAGACGUUCCACUAUGGUCAGAGACAACAACAGUGCUUCUCUUCGUAUCUUCUCAAGAAAACGGCCAUGUAAUCAACUCUGUAGCGGUCAUAGAAUCUCUAAACGAAGCCGAACUUUUGCCAGAUCAUCGACUAUUCAAAGGCAAAUUUAUUGGAUUAAACAGAUUGUGGAUUAACCGUCACGCUAGCAAGGAUUCACCUUCACAAGAUCAAACAUCAUGGACAUCAACAUGGGUAUUAGACCAGAUCCGUCGUUAUUUUGACAAAAAACCGUUACCUCGCUCUCGGAUCGCUUUCAACGUGGACAAUAUUCAACUCGGUAUAGAUUACUUCGGUGAUAACUCACAGCGAUACGUCGGUUAUGCGAAUGAAUAG